AUGGCGUUAGCAGUAUUAGACAAACCAUUAAACGAUCUUCGUCGAGAAAUUACCAAUCUUCGACAAGAGAAUAUAUCACGUGAAUAUGAUACAAACAAAUUAAGUACAAUUCUCAGUCGAUCGAAAGAUUCGUUGAAAGAAGCGGAAACCUCUCAACAGCAGUUAUUGCAUCAAUUACAACAAUUUGAAAUAUCUCUAGUGGAGAUUAAUCAAGUCUUACGAGCGAAUAGUGAGCAAAAAGCACAACUCGAUCAACGGCAACAGUCAGAUAAUAGCGUCGAAAUACGUGCCAAGUUAAUGGAAUUAAAUGCUGAAGCGUUGGAAUGUCGAGCAGCAGCUGUGCAACUGCAGCAACAAGCACAGAUCGCAUUAGCAAAAGCAGCGGAACUUGAAAAACGUGCAAAAGAGGAAUUAGUUCAACAAGAAUUGGAGAGAAAGCGGAAGCAAGAAGAAUUAGAGAGAAUUCGAAUUGAAAAUGAACGACGAGCACAAUUAGAAGAAAAGCAACGGUUAAAAGAACUCGAAAUUCAAAAACAAAAGGAACAGGAUCGACUGACCGCAGCAGCCGUAGCUAAAGCCCAACAACAAAUGGAAGAAGAUUACAGUAAUUAUAUCAUACGCGACUUCAUGCGUGAUGAACGAUCUCCUCAAUGUUUUGUACGACUUCCACCUACUUUGUCUUCGUCAACAACAUUCCAUGUCACAUUUUUAAAUGUUGUUCAGACAGAAAAUUUGCUCGACAAUCAAGAAGAACUCGUCAGUACUCCUGUUCAAAUCGAGUAUGAACCAACGAGAGACGAUCAGAAACCGAUUCUUUUUUCGAUACCCUAUGUUGUUAAACGAUCGAUUCAUCGCGAGAAUGUCAUUAAAAUUCGGCAACCAAACGGGAUUUGGCUAUCAGUCGAAAGCAAUGAAUCGUCAUUUGAUGCAUAUAAAGAGAAACGUUUCAUGGAAUGUAAAUUAACUCAUUCAACAGCCUGCGCAGUGGUAUCCCGAUUAAGAAUCGAUACAGUUUUGAUCAAUCAACAAUCAUCAGGCCGAUUCGUAUCAAGUGCAGAUCCUCGGAUAAUACUUCAAUGGCCAAAAAAUGUCUCGCAGACGAAUCUUCGUCUUAAUCUUCGUGUUCAACCUGUCGAACAAUCCGUAUUCACACAAUUCUCAGACAACUUCUCCCAGGAAUGUCAAGGUCUCAUAGCUGUUGGACCGAUCAUUGAUCUUGAUUGCGAUGAUGUCACACUACUCAAGCCAAUGCAAUUCAAACUGCCAAUUCUUGUCCAAACGAAAAAGAACGAUGGAACAUUAAGAUCAACAGGAAUGGACUCGACUAUUCCACAACGGACAAACACUAGUCAAUUAUCUCAACAAGAGCUUAUUCUACAACAACAACAAUCGAUUUUCAAAUCUAUGCUCGGUGAAGAAUCAAGCAAUGAACGACUACUUCUACUCUAUUCCGGUCGUAAUGAAAAUACCUGGCAUAUCGAUACGAAUGUUUCGAUAUUUGAUGCUAAAACGCACGAUAUGGUUGCCAUGGAUAUGCAAUGUUUACAUCCUCGGAUGGUCGUAGCACGUUGCGACAAACAGUUGCCAACAAAUAAACAGCUACAAACGGUGAUUAAUCUUCUUGAACAAUCGCUCAGUCAACGGACUGUCUCAUGUGUCCUCCGUCGACGUGCAUCGACUCCGAAUGAAAUCUGUUUCGUUUGUUGUUCAAGUCAACGAAUCAAUAUAAUUGAUGAUGAACUUCAACAGGAAAAUUACACAAUGGACAGUGAACAAGUCAAAGAACUGACAUUACAAGAAGGGCAAUUAUUAGAAUUACGCUUUCGUGGAAAUGUCUUACCAGUGGAUUAUCAUCAACAAUCGUACCCAUUCGCAUUUAAUACACAGUUUCCGUUCUAUCACACCACUGAUGUUUGCCAAACAGAUAAAUAUUCUCAACAUUUUUCACCUUACUUCUACGGUUUUGUACAAAUAUUUUCUAAACAGAAGGUUCUACGAACAGUGCCAAAAGAAACUGACAAGAAAAAACAACAAACUGAAGUCAAACAAGAAUGGCAUGAAGUGGAUGUUUGUUUGGUUGAAUUACCAAUUCGUUUACCGAAAUCACACGAAGAAACUCGGCCAAUUAGUGCCAAAACAUCAACCACAUUCGUUGCCGAAGGUACUGAAUUCGUAUUUUCGACAUUUUCUCAAAUAUUUCAUACUUCGAUAGGUAUAUUGACGCCCGCACUCUUUCGAGAUAUCGCGGCCAACUUACACGGUGAUGAAUGGCGUACGUUAGGACGUCGUUUAGGCAUCACACGUAUUCGUAUUGAAGCAAUUGAACAUGAUCACCGCGAUGAAGCAGCGUAUUAUAUGCUGGUUACAUGGUUUAAACGUGUUUCACGUUCCGCUGAUAAGGUAGUACUGCUGAUUAACGGUUUGGCAAAUAUCAAUCGAUGGGAUCUUGCACAAGACUUGCAAGCGAUCCGAGAUGAACGACGUCAGGCGCAGAAGACCUCGUCAAAAGAUGAACAAUUGGCAUUGUUUCGUGCCCCAUUCAAUCGUAUCUGUCAACGUGAAGGAUGCACUACACGAUGGAAAGAAAUCGCGCGAGCAUUAGAUUUAACCAAUGACGAUAUACAGCAUAUCGAAGAGUCGUGUCUAUCAAGAGAAGAGCGAUGUUUACGAAGUUUAGAACUUUGGCUUUCACGUAACAAUCAAGCGGACAUUCUGACAUUAGCUCGCACUCUUAGAUCACUUAGCUUUAAAUCCCUUGCUCGUGAAAUUGAUAGCAUGGCAUAA